AAUCCCCUUUUAGCACGUACGGGCCUACGGAGGGGCCAAAAUGAAAUCCCUAUAAACAUCGACGUUUCCGUGGGGAACUCAAAACCACGUACAUCACCGAAUCCAUCACCGACCCAUUACAGCGUUCGGGUCAGAGAGGACCAACGCAAUCGCAUCAGCUCCCUUGGGGAUUACGACAUCACUCGGCGGCGCUUCUCAUUUGAGCGAGCGAGCGAGAGGGCGGGGGAAGAGAUGAGGGCUUUACUACUGUCGAGAUUAGUGAAAGGGGAGCUUUCUCGGAUUCCGAGGCCUCCCCCAUUAUUAUUAAUGAAAUACGCGAGCCUCAGCAGCUCCGCCCACAGCGAGGACGAGCCAACCAAGAAGAAGCGGAAGAGGAGCGACUGUCAUAUAUUGGGUCCCGACCUCCCCGACAUUUGGACCCCUCGCAGCUCCGCUCCUCCCGUCCCCUCCUCCUCCUCACAAACCCAUGUUAACGAUGAACUGAUCCCUACAAUUAUUGAUGGGAAAUCAAUUGCCCAAGAUAUAAGAACAGUUGUUGCUGAAGAAGUACGAAAAAUGAACAAUGCCAUCAAGAAAGUUCCUGGAUUAGCCGUAGUUUUGGUUGGUCAAAGAAGGGAUUCCCAAAGUUAUGUUCGGUUUAAAACAAAGGCUUGUGAGGAAGUUGGAAUUAGAUCUCUCUUAGCAGAACUUCCUGAGGAUUGUGCUGAUGACGAAGUAUUAAAUACUGUGUUGGGUUUUAAUGAAGACCCGUCGAUUCAUGGAAUUCUUGUUCAACUACCGCUCCCACAACAUAUGGAUGAAGAGAAAAUUUUAAGUGCCAUAAGUCUAGAAAAAGAUGUUGAUGGUUUCCAUCCUCUGAAUGUGGGAAAUCUUGCUAUGAGCGGUGGAGAACCACUUUUCAUUCCUUGUGCAGCAAAGGCUUGCAUUGAACUGUUGCUACGAUCGGGUGUCGAGCUUAUGGGAAAGAAUGUGGCUGUGAUAGGUCGAAGUAAAGUGGUUGGACUGCCUACAUCCUUGCUUUUGCAGAGACACCAUGCAACAGUCAGUACAGUUCAUGCCUUCACGAAGAACCCGGAGGAUAUCACUCGCGAAGCUGAUAUUGUGAUCUCAGCUGCUGGAGUGCCCAAUCUGGUUCGCAAAAGUUGGCUAAAGCGAGGCUCAGUUGUGAUUGAUGUUGGGACAAAUCCAGUCGAGGAUCCCAACAGUGAGCAUGGUUACUAUCUCGCGGGGGAUGUUUGCUAUGAAGAAGCAUUACAGGUGGUCUCUGCUAUUACACCGGUACCUGGUGGAGUGGGGCCCGUGACGGUUGCCAUGCUGCUGUGCAAUACUCUUGAAUCUGCUAAACGCACGCAUGAAUUAAGUUGAAGCCUUCGAUGGAUGCUCGGUCGGGUCUCUGUCAUAGUUACUGGUUAUGUUAUUAAUUCAUCCCCAUGGUUAUAAUAAUAAUUGUACAUCUAUUAUUCCCUUUCCUCCCCAUUUUUGGCUCUCGGUUCAAGAAAACGUCAGACUGUUUAUCGUCCAUCUUAGAUUUGUAUGGGAGCUCUCUACGGUCUACAGAGCUAUGCACAAUUCUGCUAGUGCUGAUGGUAUGGUGAUAAUUCCUGGCCUCUGUUAACUGUUUAUCCUUUUCUUGUUAACUGUUAUUUUCUGUUAUCCUUGUAAUUUAUUCAUUUAUUAUGCAAUAGCUGGAAGAGGGUUAUUAGUGUUUUGGCUCUUGUGUAUCAUUUCUGUAUAAAUUUAGUAAGAGUUGACUGUUGGAUGCAGUAUUUAGUUC